AUGAGAAUACCGUUUCGGAUAGCAGCAGGAGCUUCACUCCUCGCGAUCACGGCCGCGCAAACAUGGAGCAAAUGCAAUCCGCUGCACCAAACAUCAUGCCCGCCCAACACAGCCCUCGGCAUGUCCAUUGACAUUGAUUUCAGCAAAGGCUCCGUCAACUCGUUUGAGGCGCAAGGAGUCCCGGCAUACGGCUCCGACGGCGCCUCCUUCACCGUGGCCGCGAGCGGCGACGCGCCGCAGCUCAACUCGCUCUUUUACAUCAUGUUUGGGCACGUCGAAAUCGUCAUGAAGGCCGCGCCCGGCGCCGGCAUCGUGUCCUCGGUCGUGCUCGAGUCCGACGACCUCGACGAGAUUGACAUGGAGUGGCUCGGCAGCAACCCCGACGAGAUGCAAUCCAACUACUUUGGCAAGGGCCUCACCACCGACUACAACCGCGGCCAGUUUCACGCCGUCAAGGGCACGCAGGCCGGCUGGAUCACCUACGCUAUAGACUGGACUAAGGACCGCAUCGUCUGGACCGUCGACGGCAAGGCCGUCCGCGAGCUCAAGCAGCAGGACGCCGAGGCCAACCAGUACCCGCAGACGCCCAUGCAGCUCAAGUUUGGCGCCUGGGCUGGCGGCGACGCCGCCCGCAACCCGCCCGGCACCGUCCAGUGGGCGCGCGGGCCGACCGACUUCUCCAAGGGGCCCUUUGCCAUGGCCGUCAAGUCGCUCCGCGUCACCGACUACUCCACCGGCAAGCAGUACCGAUACAAGGACACCUCGGGCUCCUGGGAGUCCAUCGAGGCCGUCGACGGCCAGGUCAACGGCAACGCCGGCGGCCAAAAGAACAUUCCCACCGUCACCGCCACCGGCGCCCUUACCCCUCCUACCCCCGCCACCACGGCCGGUCCCGGUGUGCCCGUCGGCGGCUUGGGCAAGGACGGCAGCCCCGCCACAAAGACCCAGACCGGCUGGCCCUGGGUCGGCACCAACCCGCCCACUGGCGGCAGCAUCCCCAGCGGCUGGUACAUGACCCCCGCGGGCAAGAUUCUGCGCUCCUCGGCCGCCGCCACGCUCCUCGCGCCCUCGCUGCUGCUGUCGGCCGUCUCGGCCUCUGUGGUGGUCGGCGCCGCCAUUCUCAUGGGCAGAGCGUUGUGA